GAGGCCACAGCUGGUCAAGGAGGAGCAGCAGCUGGUCCAUGAAGACCCCCGCCCCACGCCCAGCAGGGAGGGGCCGGUGAGCCACACCACUGAGGGCCAGCGCAGGCCUGAAGUGCGUGUGGCCACCUGGGGGUCUGGGGAACCAGGGCCCAUGGGUGCAGGGAGAUGGACUCCUCCACCCGAGCCACACAGGCCCCACCAGCCUCCAACCUCGAAGCCGCUCAGUCCCAACAGGCAGAAGGCACUUUUCAACUCAGUGCUGCAGUGCUGUGCCUGCGGAAAUCGCACCAGGCCAGAAGACCUGGAGCCCAAGGAGGCAGAGCCCAAGGCACCAGCCCAGGGGGCAGACGUGGCUCCUCCUGUAACACCCAAAGUCCACCCUGAGGAGCUGGAGGCAGAGCUGGAGGCAGAGCUGGAGGCAGAGCUGGAGGCAGAGCUGGAGGCAGAGCUGGAGGCGUGUGCACCUCCAGAGCCCGUGCCACCUCCAGCAGCCUCUCCAGCUGCAGCUGUGGAGCCAGGGCCGGCCCCAGACACAACUGAGGCCCCACCAGCGCUGGAAGAAGAACCCUCCCCGGGACCCUUGCUGGUUCCUGCCUCAGAGGAGGAGCUGCCUGUGGAGGCGCCAACUCAAGGGCCGCUGAUUGAAUGUGCUCAACCUGCCCCAAGGGGAAACGUGAAGAAAGCAGUUAAAGUUGUAGCCGGUGGAUUCAGGGCUAUUUGUUGCACAUUUGCAGCUGUGAAAUAA